CCGUCACCGUCUUUCGCCGCGGGUACAACUGCGGUAUACGUCGCAGCGGCUUCACGACAAUAACCGGCUGCAAGACACGCCGCGACACCGUAGUUUUAUUAUUAUUUUUAUGUAACAAUAAUAUAUAUAAAACAUUAUAUAGAAUUUCUACAGACAUUUUUCUAUCGUCCAUCCGGUUCAGUUACCGUUUCUCCUCCCUAGCUUGCGCGUGUUCGCCAGUCGGUUAAUACCUGCACUGUUGUGGUAGCGGUCGUCCGCAGAGCGCGCGUUUACCUCUUUCCCGGGUUGACCGUCUCAAUAAUAACGUUAUAAGACAUUAAAUAAUAUCAUGAUAUUAGCAUAAAAAUUAUUAUUUUCCGCCAUGGACGUCGCGAGCGGUUAACGCAUUUCGUUUUCUUAAUAUUAUAUUUAUAAUAUUACGCAUCAAUAUUUGUUCUAACUGAAAUCUCCUUCGCAAAUUUUACCGAGCACGUUGGAGUGACGUUUUUGGAGUGCGUCCGUGAAUAUACAGAGAAAAACUCGCACGAGGACGGACGGUCGUCUCUCGUCUCAGACGCAAGAUGGAUAUCCAAUUCGAAGACUUGACGUACGAGGUGAAGCCACCGUUUUGGCAAACCAAAGUUCCGUCAAGAACAAUAUUGAAGUCGGUAAAUGGCCGAUUUUCAGGCGGAGAGUUAUCAUGCAUUAUGGGACCAUCGGGUGCAGGAAAGAGUAGUUUACUUAAUGCAUUAUCUGGUUACAAUUAUAAAGGUGUAAGUGGGACUCUGAAGYUGAAUAGUCAAGUCAGAGACGAGAAGUUGUUUCGUAAGUUAUCAUGUUACAUAAUGCAGGAGGACAAGAUUCAGCCCAUGUUGACUUUAAAUGAAGUGAUGAUGUUCGCAGCGGAACUUAAACUAUCCAAUACUACACUGACCAAAGAAAAACAAAUGAUCGUGAUUACAGCUGGUGAAUUGCUUUUGCCGGAACUUAACGGAAACGUGGUCACUACUAAAUUGCUUCCUUUGCCACCGAUAAAGUACAAAGAAGGCGACGAAGUGGACGACGAAGAAGAUGACGUGGUGAAACCAGGAAACACGUGGUGUGUGGAUUUUCCAACUUCCGGUUGGUCGCAGUUUUGUACGCUUUGGAAACGCAUGAUCUUGCAACUGUACAGGAACAAGAUCGGUUUAAAUAUACAGUUUUACCAUCAUCUCAUCUGUGGCCUGGCGGUAGGCAUUGUGUUCUAUGGCAAGGCCAACGAUGGAGAACARUUCUUCAAUCACAUGAAAUUUUGCAUGGGCAAUAUUCUCUUCCACACAUUCACGCAAUCGAUGAUACAAGURCUCGCAUGUACGUUUAUAAUAUAUUAUACACUAGAUACUUAUUACAUAACAUCAGUAACACUUCGAUAUUCCAUGUUCGAUAAAUCAACAUAUUUUUAUUUAACUUUGCAACAGAAAAUUUUGAAGUAA